CGUGCAUGCGAGGAAUUGCAUAAUUGCAUGCUUUCUGCCUUCAAGAAAGCACCAGAAAACGUUUUAUUUUGUUUGUCGUCAAAGGGUAGCGUUUACAAAGUUUAUAUGUGAGCGUAGAGAAGCAGAUUUGGUGCGUCGUUUGUGCUGUGGCUGCUAAGCAGGUUUAUUGACAUUUUUUACUUCUAGUAUCCCUGGUGUCAAGUUUUCUUCAUUCGUGCCAGUUGGAUAUGAAGGAUUCGCUGAAGCUGGUGUCGAAGUUCACUGCGCACCCAGACUCGCGGUGCUGGUUCGUGGCUUGGAACCCGAAUGGUACUUUGCUGGCUUCUUCUGGAGGGGACCGGUCCAUUCGCAUAUGGGGCCGAGAGGGUGACUCGUGGGUGUGUAAGUCGGUCCUGGAGGAGGGUCACCAGCGGACCGUGCGGAAGGUGGCUUGGUCUCCCUGCGGGAACUACCUCGCCUCAGCCAGUUUCGACGCCACCACCUGCAUCUGGAGGAAGAAGCAGGACGACUUUGAGUGCGUGACCACUCUGGAAGGGCAUGAAAACGAAGUGAAGUGCGUGGCCUGGGCCCCCUCCGGGAACCUGCUGGCCACCUGCAGUCGAGACAAAAGCGUCUGGGUUUGGGAAGUGGACGAGGAAGACGAGUACGAGUGUGUCAGUGUGGUGAACUCGCACACGCAGGACGUCAAGCAUGUUGUCUGGCACCCAAACCAGGAGAUCCUGGCCUCAGCCAGCUAUGACAACUCAGUGAAGCUGUACAAGGAGGACGAUGAUGACUGGGUGUGCAGGGACACCCUGGAGGGUCACGAGUCGACGGUGUGGAGUGUGGACUUCGACAAGACUGGCCAGAGACUGGCUUCCUGCAGCGACGACAAGACUGUGAAGAUCUGGAGGGAGUACGAGCCUGGGAAUGAGCAAGGUGUGGCGUGUAUCGGCACGGCCCCAACCUGGAAGUGUAUCUGCACCCUUUCCGGCUUCCACUCCCGCAGCAUCUACGACAUCUCCUGGUGUCACCUGUCCGGUGCCAUGGCGACAGCCUGCGGGGACGACGCCAUCCGAGUGUUUGAGGAGGACAUGACCUCUGACCCCCAUCAGCCCACCUUCUCCCUGGCCGCCCACGUCCCCAAAGCCCACGAUCAGGAUGUGAACUGCGUGUCCUGGAACCCCAAAGAAGCGGGGUUGCUGGCCUCCUGCAGCGACGACGGAGACAUUGGCAUCUGGAGCUACCAACCUCAGCACUGAGGAGGCAGCAGCCAGGAGAGAGCACUGGGGGAUGUGGCAUGUUCAUGAGAGUAACAUCAGGAGAGUGCGGCUGCAUGGAAAUAUACCAUGAUUGGGGCUUGAAGUUUUCACCUUAUAUUUUUGAUCGCGUGACUUAUUUCCUGAUUAAUUGCAAAAGAACAUCACUUGUUUCUUGUUCUUCUUCAUAUCCUGAUCUUGUUUUGCUUAUUUUCUAUUUCAAACAGACGUGACGAUUUACAUUAAUUGCAUUUCAUUCUUGCACUUGCCUAGUUUAUUAUCGUGCUUUUGGUAUUUUCACUCGUUUAACAAGUUCUCCAGACAGAUUUUCUAUUCAGCAUAAAAUACCCAGUACAGAGUGUACACUGACAGCAAGUCCGUCAUUUAAACCUCCUCGAUCUGUAGUAAAGAAAAAAAUAAUCUUAAACCCAGUCUUUAAUUAGUAGUUUUCUGUUUGUUAGGAUGCAGAUACAUCUCAACAACUACUAACAUUUAAAGGCAGGUAGAGAUUUGGAAAAUAAAAACCGAGAAGUUGACCCAUGUUAUAAAACCAGCAAGAAUUUGUGAAUAGAUGGAAGCAGUUCAGUUCACCAGCCCGUCCCAGUGCUCACACCUUCUUUCCAUUUGUCACUCUUAACUGCAAGAAAACAAACCAGUUCUUCAGUAACAGUGAAAUGAGUGUCAGGUUUGAUGCCUUUGGGAAUUCGAGGGUGAAUAGGAAGAAAAAUAUCCCAGUUGUUACAGUGCUGUAAAUAUCUGUAGAAUCUAAGUUGGCUAUUAACAAUAAAAAUUGAAUAAAACUAUUAAUACUA